CAAAGUAAUACCUCAAAGAUGAUGCACGCAGUUGGAGAAAUAUUCAAGCCAGAUGAGCCACCUCUGGAACGUACCAAGGAGAAGUGUGGAUUCUUCUGUUGUGUCUUAUUUACAUUCAAACUAUUUGUAAGAUUAAUAUGUUUGGUUGCUGGUGCCGCCCAAUGCGCAAUGGGAGGCUAUACAUUCUAUAAUAUUGCCAAUACCAAGACAAAGACAAUUGAGAACUAUAUUCAAUUAUCUGUCAUUGGUUUCUUUGCAGUUGUAACGGGUCUGGCUAUUUUAUUCGCCGAGAUAAGGAAUAGAUGGACAAAGAAGACUUUGAGAGUGAUGAUAUUCAUUGCCAAUGGUCUGGCCAGAGGAUUCGUUUAUAUAUUAAUUGGUUGUAUUGAUAUCCCAAUUCCAUUCAAGUUCUGGAAGGUCACCGCAAUGCACGUCGGUGUAGGAAUUAUUGGUUGUGGUGUAUUGUCAAUCAUUACAUUCCUGGUGUCAUGGAGAAGAAAGAGACAGAGAAAGAAUAAGGACAUUGCCACUGCACAGGACAAGACCAAGAAGACUCAACUUUACGAUCUGUUUGAGCGUGAAGAUUCGUUGAAGGAGCAAAUUACCAAGGAUGGCAAUGAGAAGGAUUUGGAGAUGCAGCCAGUCCAAGAG